UUUUUUUCCAGAAAUUUAUUCAUUGGAAGACAAACACUGAAUCUUUUGCAGAAGAAGUAAGAUACUGCGCGUAAUAUUGUUGAUUAUAAACGCUUAACAAUUACUUCAUCGUCUAUUAUCCAUCGUAUACAAAAUAAUACAGGUUGCAGGUUCAGGUUAACACAGGGUUAAUGAUUGUGAAAAGUUCUAGGACCCAAUUGAAAGUAGCAGUUGUCCAAGCUUGACAUGUAAGCGUUCACAAGACGUGAUAAUCUGCAUUUCGCCCUUUUAAACAGAGCCACGGCGACGAGUAAAUCGCCGUGACGCCACGGCGACUCCCUUUGGGAGUUUAAUUGUUCAUUUCUGUUCAUUUUUUGUAUUCAUGUAUAUUAUUAGCCGUUUUCGUUGCACUUUCGUUUGGCCUGUUGACAUUCUUAAUAACAGUACUAAGACAGUAGUUCUUUAUAAUUUCAAAAGUGUAAAGUUUAAGGCUAUUUCUCAUUUUCUUGUCGCGUUCCCGUACUAUAGUAAGCCUGGCUUAAGUUCGCUAACAGCAUUUUACAAUACCGAUAUGAAUAUUAGGCAAUUGCAUAAAAGGCUUUCUCAAAUUGGAAUUCGUGGAAGACUUUUUCGGUAUGUUAAUUUAAUCGAAAUUUUACGUUUUUCAAAAAUUUUCAUUCAAAACUGAUAGUGUAAAGGUAUAAUUUUAAAAAAUAAAUGCAAUACUAAAAUAUUUGCAAACUUAUUAUACAGUACAUAAUGCUAGUGAUUAAACUAUUAUUCUGCUGCCUCAACUUUGUUUGAGCCACUGUUUCUUUUUUAAAUUUCCUUUGUUGUAUAUAUUUUUGAGUUUUAGUUUGGUCCCUAAAAUACGAAUACAUUUUCAAAUUGAGUGUAUUUUGAAAAUAAAUAUUGGGUUUUGCUUUUUUCUGGUUUUGGGUGUAGAUACAUGUACCAGUAAAUAAAUGUACUUCUCAUCUUUAACUGCUAAUAUUUAUCGUUGAUUUAACGCUUCCGCGGUAGCAAGCAAUCCAUAACCUAAACUUUAGCGGCAAUUUAUCAGCCUGAUGAGCUCCGUUUUCUGUGCGAAGGACUGCAUGCAAAAGAUCAAUGACAGUACAACGUUCUGGAUAAAAUAAUGGCAAUGUGCAGGAGCACAAUGCCGAUUUAAUGAUUAACACAAAAAUAACAAAUUACAGAUAAAUGUUACAAAUUUAGUAUUCAUGCAUAGCACAGAAAAGGUGGGGUGUUAAAAAACGCCACAAGCCGACUAUAAGGAGGCACCCCACCCCAUCAGGUAGAGAAAUUGCCGCCAGAGCCGAUGGACAAAAUUGAUAUAAAUCGGGAAAGCAAGGCAAACGGCCACUCGUGAUAUCACAAAAUUAAUAAUCAGCGAAGUCUCAUAAGAAUGUGACCUAAAAUACCACUACUGAACGUAUAAAUUUAAUAAUAGACGUAUGGCACUGACAGUAAAUUAGAACUCUGAAGCCGACCAUGAACCUAGCCCCCGCAUCAGCACAGGGAUGGGCAACAAAGUACCUUAUAAAAACUACACAAGCUGAAACCUGAUCAAUCCUUAACAAAGCCUCGCUAGCCUAGCCCCUGCAUCAGCUAGACGAGUGUUAUCAUGCGUUAAAUGUGCUAUUCAUUAACUAGACGUAUAUUUGGGCCUACUACAAACCGUUUGCCUCACAAUACAAGAAUGCAGCCACAGUCAGUCGCAAUUAAGACGAAGCCGAACUUAAGCUUGGUAUGCGAAUAUACUUGAGGAAUGCAUCGGAUCGCCAGCGCCCCAUAGCACGAAUUUGGGCAUCAGAAAAACCGCACUCUGCCGCAAAAGUGGCUGCGCCAAUACGGAAACUGUGGCCUUUAUACUUCAUGGUAUCAAGACCACAGCCGCGAAAAAGCAUUGAUAGAAACUUAGUAAAUAACGCGCGGGGAACGGCGGAACUGACGAUGGCUGCAAACUCGCUCGUAGCAGAGUAGAAGUUAUAUCUGCCAACUGUGUAGAAGAAGCUGGGCGGGAAUCACCGAGGGAUAAAUCUGCACGCCCGCCGGCGCCAGUUCGCGGAAUUUCGAAACCUGUAAACGUGACAAAGCAUCAGCCAAAGUAUUUUUGGCACCUGGAACAUGCUUAGCACGAAAUAAAAUGUUAAAUUUCAAGCAAGCUAGAACCAGCCGACGGACAAAUAUCAUCACAGUGGGAUCCCGUAAAGAAGUCUUAUUUAUGAUCUCGACCAAUGCUACGUUGUCCGUGUAAAAUAGUAUGCGUUGGUUUCGCAUGCAUGCGAUGACGCUGAGGACACUCAUAAGUGGACACUGAGGACAAUUGGAAAAAAACUCUAAAACCACAAUGUUGAGUUUUUUCCAUUCCUCAGGCCAAGGCCCAUAAAACCAAAAGUUGCCAAGUAUAGCUCCAAAACCACGACCCGCAGCGGCAUCAGUAUACAAAUUCAAAAGGUGGGAAGGGAGCCAAUCAUCGGAAAGAAAAAACGACCGGCCAUUGAAACCAUCCAGAAAGGAUUUCCAAAGGCCUAAAUCUGCUUUAACUGACCUUGUUAGACGGAUACGAUAAAAGGGGGCAUUAACACCUUUAGUUAAAUCAAUGAGACGCCGCAGAAAAGCCCGACCCGGUGGUACGACAGUACAAGCGAAAUUAAGCAGACCAAUCAAAGAUUGAACCUCUUUUAAGGUUGCCUUUCGACGGCAAAGAAAUUCGGAAAGAUUACUGCGCGUUUUCAAUAUUUUGUCAGCUGGUAAACGAGCUUCCAUUGUAUUCGUGUCUAACGCGAUGCCAGCAAAAGUCAAAAUUGUGGAAGGGCCGACCGUUUUCUCAGGAGCGAUUGGCACCCCCAAAUACUCUCAAGGCAGUGCAACACGUAGGAUGCGGCUGCCAUUAGGUAGUCAUCAAGGAUAUGAAUAAGAUGUGGAAUGUUACACCUAGUUUUAGCAACCCACUCAAGAGCAGUGCUAAAUAUUUCGAAUGUGCGGCAGGAAGAUGCACAUCCCAUGAGCAUGGCUCUAUCAUAAUAAUACUUUCCCUGCCACAUGAUACCUAACAGAGGGUAAUCCGCUCAGUGGCGUCGUAGGACCCAUGUUCUUUUUUUUUUGGGGGGGGGGGGGGGGCAAGGGCAGUACUUUUCCGACAAACCGAAAAUUUUUCCGACAAACUAAAUUUUUCCGAUUACAACAUUUAAAUCUUCACAAUGUCCCUCCCCGUCGACAACUUUGACAAUUUCCUACAACCUUGACAAUUUCCCGACAAUUUCCGACAACAUUGGCAAUGUUCCGACGGGUCUCAACAAUAGGGGGGCCAUGCACCCCCCCCCCCGGCCACGGCGCCACUGAAUCCGCUGGACGAAUGGGUAUAAUGCGAAAAGCACUCUUUAUGUCCGUUUUAGCUAAAAAACAGCCUCUACCUAAUUUUUGUAUAAUGGAAAUUGCAUCAUCCACACAACUAUAAGAAACAGUAGUGUGUUCAGGCGAAAUGCCGUCAUUGAUGGACGCCCCUCGUGGAAAAGAUAAGUGGUGAAUAAGCCAAAACUCGCCUGGAAUCUUCUUAGGCACAACUCCCAAAGGUGAAACACGGAAAUUGAAAAGGGGGGGGGGGAAGGGGCCUACAAUGCGACCCGCCACAAUUUCUUUCGCAAAUCUAGCACCGACAACUCCAGGGUUUUGAUUUGCCGAAAUCAAGUUUUUUGAACAAAAAGAGGUGUGACCACCCUCAAAGUGAAGCGGAAACCCAUAGGUAAAACCCUCAAACAACAUUAAAACAACUUUGACAACAUAUCCUUGUAACAGAGGCAAAAGGCGAUCAAUUUUUAUUGGGGUUGGAAGUGCGCACACCUGCUGCUGGUUUUGUAAUGGUGGUUCUGCCUGAGGGACGAAAAUUACAGCUUUUAGCGGAGUGCGCAGCUCCACACUUAAAACAGGUAUGCUUGUAAGAACAACCUGUGCACUUAACCCCCUUAUGGAAUGCACAGCAGAAACCAAUUGGGACAAAUGGACCCAACUUCGGGGUACGCCCAGAAGGUUGUGCAAUAUUUGACCGAGCCGGAGCAAUAUGUGCAAAACUCUGUGCACGAAUCCACAACUCAAAAUGAGUUGUGCCCCAAGGCAUUUCAUGUGCUCUUGUUUGUCGUAGCGAUCGAAACUGAGUGUCAUAAAAUCUCCAAUUUGCUCCUCGUGCAGCCAAAUCUCGCACAACCUCCGCAUAUUUCAUUAAAUCGGGAGCUUCUUGAGGAAAUUUACUCGUGUAGACCCCAACAAAAAUCUGGAAGGCUGAUGUCCACGCAUCAAUGUUGUAUAUGGGUUUAAUCUUAGAGGAUGGCUCUAAUGAAAGUGUUGGCACCGAACUCUCACUCUGUGCCAAUGAAAGCUGAUAUCUUGUUUCACCCACAUAGGGGUUCAAUAGUGAACCAAACUCAAUAAACUCAUUCGCCCAAAUCUUAGUCUUUAUUUUGGGACUGAUCUGAGCAUCAAUCGGGAUGGUAAUGGAAUUAAACUGAACAUGGGAGCCAGAUGAUGAUGGACGCACAACCUCCAGAUUAACAUUCUCACCUGUGAGGUGCUCUACGGCUGAUGCCACUGGCCCCUGCACUUGGGCACCAGUCCCAGGGCGACCAUUAAGGGGUACCUCCAUGGUGUCAACAACCGUAGAAGGAGUUGGUGACUGUAUGGCCGCAACGACUGCCUGGGCAACCACAGAUGCAAUCCCUGUUAAGGUUGCACCCGCGAGAUCCGAGACAGCUGUCGCAGCCGAUGAAGUUGCCUGAGAAGACGCAGCUGUAGCCAUGGGAGGAGCUGGUUCCCUUGCUUGAACAUUGCUGGAUGCGCGUCGAGACCAAGGUUUCGAUUGGGCAUGCCGUUGUAUUCUGGUGCUGGGACGGGUGACCGGCAUAGUCUAAAGAGAAACUAGAACAAGCACCCGUAAACAACAUAUAUAUUCAAACCCUCACAUCUAGGAGUAAGUAGUCCUGUAUCGGACAAUGACAUGUAAACACAAGUGACAAUAACAAAUAAUCCAAUCGUUAAUGGACAACACAAGUUUUAUUGAGCAUGGCAUACCACAAAGGUAGCCGAACACACAACUGGGCAAAAGCACUUAACAACAUGAUAGCAACCCACUGUAUAUUGAAUCCAGCUAUGGGCACCUGGAAUAACAAUCCUGUCCCAUGUAGGCAUACAUUCAGAAGAAAAGCAACAGUGGCCUAAAUUUAUGCUAAGAAGCACAUAUAUUCAAAGACAGAACAUGACUGUAAAACCAAUGCAGAAAUAACACAACAUAUAAAUACCAUAAAACAAACAACAUCAACAAACUGGACAGAUUUACCAUCUAUGCCAAGCCACUUGUUUCAUGAAUGGCUACCUCCCAGCUGAAUAUAAUUGCUGAAUGCUCAACAGGGGUCACAACAGCCAUAACCAUGUGUGCACACCCAAAUAUUCAUAGAUCCCUUGGUGAUAACCCUGCCAUCAAGCCCAGGGUGAUAACCCUGCCAUCAAUGAAGGCUAUCCAAAGAUGGCAACAAACUUUAUUGAACAAAUCAGCAUAUAACAAUCAAUAUGUAUAGUACAACAAGUACAUAUAUGGCCAUAAAGUCAUCAAACAUAAUAUUUAUAAGUAUUGGCCAAAAAUUAUUACCAAAAUUAGGAAACAAUGCAAAAAACUUGUAGUUGGGAAAAGCUGGUAAAUUCCUGUGCAUGACACAUUAACGUAAAAGCGAGAGAGCCUUCAAGAUCGCCCCUCGAUAGCUUUUAUAUAAGCUAAACUGUCCAUGGGGGUUAGCGUGCACCCCAUCUAAGGACAGCAAAUUUUUGCCAGCUUUACAAAAUGCGCGAUGUUCCCACAAGAAAACACCAGGCAUAUUGUCCAUUACCACAUAUAAAUACUGUCUCAAAAGUGCCGCCUUAGUAUUAAAUACCGUGUAAGGCGUUUGUGAAUGCGGUAAAUAACGGUCAAUCACCUGACACACAGCGACACAACGCUAACAUGCAAAUUAUCCCGUAACAGUGCAACUAUAAAAUCCUCCAAAUGUGAGCCCACCGCCUCCGGAGACAAAAAGGAUAAGUCAUUAAUGCCCAAUUCCAAAAUAAUAAUGUCCGUAUGUUGACUCUUAAGAAAAGGCAAGUCGUAUUGAAAGACCUUGUCAACCGUACGACCGCCUAUGUCGUGCAAAUAGACGCCUGCUGACGAAGCCAAGUUGAAAUUUUGUUUCGCACGGGAAUCAAAAUGACUAACCAAGUCAUCCCGCAAACGGCGAACAAACGAGUUGGCCAAAAACUAAAAUCUGUGGUAUUGAACCAUUCAUAUUGAAAUAUACUAUAAACAAGCGGUACGAUACCUUUAUGCAGAAAGGAAAACUUGUGAGGAGGACUUGAAAACUUGCCUUGUGAAGCCAAAGGUGAAUGACCUUGAGCUGUUAACGCUGAGCGUUUUUAUAUAGUAGGCCCAAGAUGCACGUGAAGCGUGACAUGGAAAUUCACUGAUGUGUUGCAAAAUUCCACGGGAAAUAAAACUGGUUGAACGAGUUUCCCUGCCAGGUUCCCUCCAUAGCCCCAUUCUGCGUGCUACCCCGAAUCCCUAAAUAUCCCUACAAAAUUCCCACGGAAGCAAUAAAUUGAUUAUUCGCUGAAGCAAAUAACUCCUUUGUUCCAAUAAUCGCCAAUCAUGCAUUUAAUGAUGGUUUUUAACAAGUCCUUUUUACAAAAUGCAUGUUACGAUAUAAAGCUAUCAGACGUUCUUUCCUUCGUUGUCGACUGUGUCACAUUCUCAAAUAGAAGUCCAGUUUACACAUGCAGGUCAACGCUUAAUUAUGUCGUACUUUAAAAUAUAUAUUCCAUUUAAAUGAUUUAAUGUAAGGUAAAUUAGGUAAAUAAAGUAUUUCAACUCUAUAACCCGACAUAAACGAUGUUUCUCAUGGAGAUCAGAUUCGUGCAAAUGUAAUUAGAUUUUAAUGGCCCAACAACUAAUUCACCUCAAUAUAACGGCGCGUUUAUUUAAACGACGCUAAUAGCGCUUUUGUUAUUUUGUAGACAUUUAAUAUCCUGUCGAAAUAUGGUCGAGCAUCUAUCACGGAAGAAGAUAUUGAUUCAUUGAGCAAGGAUGACUUACGUCGAAUAUUACUGAUCUUGGAACGUUAUGAGCCAUCAAAUACGUAUACUUAUGAAUAUUCAUAUAUAAGACAACAGGAUAUCAGGUGAGAAGAAUGCUGACGUCACACAGUCUACAUGCAUGCCGUAUACUUGUAUACUUGUAAAAACGCACAAAGCUCCAGCAGAUUAGUACUGUACUCUUUGAAGAGUAAAAACAACUCUACUUAAGCAGUAAAACUUACUCCAAAAAAAAAGGAGUAAAAAGAGGAAUAAAUUUGCUCCCAAAAAGGAAUCGUUCUGUACCUUUGUUAUUUACCCCACAUUUGAAGUCAGUUUGACUCUUUUGGAGUGAAAAUGACUCAUAUACAUUACAGUAAAGAAAGGUGCUUAAUUAGCCUUAGAAAUCAAUAAUGACAUUUUUCAAGCUAAAUGAUUUAGGCCUAGUCCUUACAAGUAAGGUAUAUUAUAACAGGAAAUACAGUUUGCUUUGGCAUAUAAUGAAUGAUACAUUAAUUCUUUUACUCGAUAACAUUAUUUGAAUUGAGUUCUUUAAUCAAAUUUUGAUUGGAAUGAUAUCAAUGGUAAAAGGGUAUUUAACUUUAUUAAGCAAACUGAGAAGACACUAGUAUACAUGAACUCUUCGUUAGCUCGAUGGACUCUAUAGGGGCUCAAUGGACUCUCGGCGGUUGAGGAGCUGAUGAGAAUAUACCUGUGUCGCUUCAACAAGUUCUGCAAUUCAACAACAAGUUGUGACUGACAAUUUUGUCGCAACUUGAUAAAACGACAACAUUGAUACAACUUCAGUCAUACUUUUGCUCGCUACUCUGUUUUUUUUUAUAAAAUGCAAAGCACAGUCGAAUUAUAUUCACGACCAACGUUUCGACAAUCCAGUCUAGUGCCAGACAUGAAGAUACUGGACAGGAGUGUCGAAAGGUUGGGUCGUGAAUGCAAUUCGACUGAGCUUUGCAUUCAUUUAUAAAAAACAGAGUAGCAACCGAAAACAUAAUAUGAACUCACAAAUAUUGAUACAAGUUGUUGACAAGCUUACUACGAGUCUGUUAUGAAGACAUCUUGUUGAGAAGUUGCGAGAUUUUUUACGUGUGUAUGCACAGACCCUUAUAUACGGACGGUUUCCAUACACGGCAAAUAGUUAUAAUCAUCGUGGUAAUGUACAAGUGUCUUCUUGGUUGCCCUUUGCAAACUUACAAUUAUUACUCGUAAAUGUUAUACAAUUGAGUGGCAUAUGAAAAGAUCGCAAAGUUUCGUAUCAAUGUUUUGGCAAGCUAAGUGUGGAGCAAACUUUCUCGCGACUCAAACUUUCUCGCGAUUGGAAUUUAAGAAGGAUUUUAAUAUUUAUUUAUUAAUACGGCAUAAUGUUAAUGUGCAUGCAUAUGCAGCUAAAUGCCUCAUUAAUAUUUGGCAUGAUGGUACCGUCUUCCGCAUUAAUUUAUGUACACAAAUAUUUAAGCAGGAAUAUUCAUUCUUUCUAGAUUACUGAUUGAUACUCUCAUAAAGCAGGAUGGUGUCGUCAUUUUAGACAAGUUCGUUAAAGCUUACCAAGAGGUUGGUAUUAAACACGAUACUUCGUGGUUUUCUAAUAACUUUUUAGUGUAGAACUCUAUUUUCACUCCUUAGGCAUUAGAUUUUCAAUAUAUCGGCAGAACUGCUUUAUUUUUCCAAAUGGUGAGAACGCGCAGUUAAGCAGGCUCCCCAUAUGAUGGCGGGACGGGACAACCUACAUGUAUCCAUGGCGAAUUCGUGGGCUGUCCCAUGGAACCUCCACGAUCAAACCACAACAAAACUUGGCCGGGGGUUUUUAUUACUAUUUUGAAUUACUUGUAGUGAAAAAAAGUUUGAAUAGUUUUUAAUUCUGUACACUGGCGAACAAUUUCUUUAUGAUAAUUACGAUACCGAUAUCCUUCGAACAAAAACUAGACAUAAAGCAAUGUUUAUUUUAGAUUCUUUAAAGAACAUUUAGACAUUGUCAAUUAUCAUUUAUUGUCUGAAACUUUUAAACGCUAGAAACAGACCUUUAGUAAAAUUGUUGUAAGUUCUCGCUUGGGGUUCCACAGUUAUCCUCUGGUUCCUUUCGGUUCCAUCUCCCACCAUUGACUGAUUAUUCCACCAUAUACUGUUGUAUCACCAUUAGCUUCUGUCAAUUUAACCACACCUUGAAUAAACCACAUUAUAAACAAAUACAUUUCAGUACUUAAAAGUAAGUUUGAUCUUCAAUUUUUUCCUCUAAAUUUUCUUUUGUAAAGCAUCUUGGUGGAACCGAAACAUUUGCUGUCCAGGUAAAGUUUUUUUACAACAGCAUUUUUACAACGUAAACGUAUGAACAAUUGGCCUCAAACACGAAGUUUAUAAAGUAGUAUAAGAUAUUGGUCCGAUCUAUCACAUUGAAAGAUCCCAAUGAAAUGUCCCAAAAAUGUAAUGACUAUAUAUGUUCGAGCUUUUUGUGCAGCUACUUCAUAGUCUCGAACCGAAAAUUCAUUUCAAGAGAUAUGAAGUUUGACACUAAGAUAACUAAAAGGUUUACGAUUGAUUAUGAUCAAACGCUUUACAUCAAGUAUUACGCUUACCUAAAUACAUAUAUAGUUACUUAGCCUAAACUAUUUUAUAUUUACAAUAAUUGAUAGAUUACUUUCGUAACUCUGUAAAUCCUGAAAUACCCUGUCCACCUUCCCUGUGGGAAAAAACGCAUCCGGAGAAAACCCACUACUUGCGGCAGAGCGUUGACUGACUUGUUUCACACGAGUCUGUAGCGAGAAUCGAGCCCACGAACUCAGAGGUGAAAGGCGCUUGCUCUGAAAACUACUCCACUAAAAUGCUUUGUACAACCAAUGUUAUGGAUGUUUAAAAUAAAGAGUUGUUCACCCAAAGGACUAUUGAAAUCAUGCAUUAGUUGUGUUGAAUAUUAAUAGGUUUGAUGACCUCUUCUUUUACACAAUGAUAACCAUGAUUCUACCAGUUAAUUGCUUUCAAUUACCUUUAUCUUGAAAUUCAUCUCUUAGAUGUAACAUUCCAUUCCUAGUAAUAAUGAGCUGUGUAAUAAUAAACACUCUAUAGUGUAAAAUUUGUUUAAUGAUUUCUCUAGCUAUUCAAAGGGUUCAUGUCUAAAAAUGAGAACAUGGCAACAACAGAUGAAGUGGAACAAAAUCUUGAUACAAUUCUCAAACCAUAUGUGGAGUACAGGAAGAAAGCAGGACUGGAUGAUGACGACAAUAAUGAAGGUGAUAAUGCUGAUGAUCAUGACGACGAUAAUGAUGAUGAUCAGAAUGAUAAUAUUGAUGAUCAUAGUGGUGAUGAUGCUGGUGAUCAUAGUUACAACAAUUAUGAUGAAGACCAAGGAGAUCAAGGUUUAAGAGAUGAGCUUUAAAUGAAACUUUUUCGCUGAAAAAUAAAUUUUAAAUUUUAAGGCGUUUGCACCAGUAAAACUGUGACCUGGUUUCUAAAAUCAGAUUAUUUAAUACGGAAUAUAUGGGAGUUUGUAUCGAACUGUCCCAUGAAGCCUCGAUCCUAUGCAAAUAAUUAUUCAUGCAAAUUCUAAUAGACAUUGUAAGCUGAUAUUGUUUUUACCAAUAGUGCCAGUUCCUCAGUUUUCAAAAUAGAGACUCCAAAUUUUUUUACCUUAACUAAUUUUACUUGCUCUUUCAUUUCUGGUGUUUAUAGAGGAUUUCAAAUCCACUCAUUUUGUAAAUGCCGACUGUAUAUGACCCGCUUAACAAGACUUCCCAGUGAACAGGAUGAAUUUGCCUUGUGUUUAUAUGUAUGAGAACAUUUCAUCCCGCGUUAUUGUUUUGACAUUGUUUUGGCAGUAUAAUGUUCCGUGCCCGGUCUGAAAAUAAAGUCGUGAGAAUGGAACUAGACAACUAGUUCUCAAUAUUUUUACUAGUUCGAGCUCUUUGCAAUGCUCGCCACCGGACUGGAUGAAUAUUCAAAGAAUUUUAUAACAUCUUUUUCAGUUAUUAACAAUUCGACCCUUUUAAAACUAUAUCAUAUUACAAAAAGUGAAACACAAAACAAAAGAAUUAAAAUUAUUAACUAUAUCUGUCUAAUGCCAGAUAAUUUAAUUUGUCAAUGGGAUAAGAAAGAGUAAUUUAGAAAUUAAUGACUUACUAUAUUAGUACUUAAUCUACCUAAUGUAUUUCAUUCGCGCGACUUUUUCAACAACAGGUAACAUUGAUCUGAAUGCUAGACCUGGAUAGAUCAUCUUUUUGAAUUCAAUGAGUAAUGUUUGAAUUGUACAUAAAGUUUUUAACUAGAGGACACUCUUAAAACUGUUAAAUUCUGUACAAAUUCAAUCGUUAGGUGUUUAAUAAGUUAUAUUGUUUCUUCUAUCAAGCAAAUUAUUGUCUGUCAAAUAUGAUGGUUUGGGACCUAAGUAAUUUAUUUAUUUAUUUUAUUUAUUUAUUAGUUUUGCCAUAUUACAAUACACAAUACUAUAACAUGAACAAGAAUAAUAUACAUGACUAUAGGCAACAGCGUGAGCCAAUCACUGCGGGGUUUGUCUGAGUUUAUGUCAAUUUGUGUAAUAAUUAAGAAAUCGGGAUAGUUGAGGUGAAACGUACAACCACGUACAAUAAUAUUUAAUAAAGUUGAGACAAUGAAUUCGCUCACGGUGAGAUGCAGUUCAACAUCAAACAAAGGUCUUCUAUUUUGUGGCUUUGAAGUUCACGUUCAGACCAUCAUAUCUUGGCAGAGUAUGAGGAAAUUUUUCCCUGCAUAACUUGAAAAGUGUAGUUUCUAACACCUCUGCUAAUGAGUUUAAAACUGUUUUAAACACUAGGCAGUCUUGAAGAAGUUAUACUGGUAUGACCUCAUUGAAUUAAGUUAAUAUAGUAGUUUAAAAUAGUUAGAUGGUAUUAAAACUAUAGUAGGGUUAUGGUUUGUGUUAGAGUAAGGAAUAGCUAGAAUAGCCGCGUAGUUAACCUCCACUGCGUAUUAAUAAUGAAUGUUUAUGAGUGCAAGGGUCAAAGAUGGAAUUUUGCAUUCACGAGUCAACGGGCGAGUGGAAUGGAGAAUUCCAUCUUUCACUAGUCUGCGCACAGACUGUCCCUUCCCCCCCCCCCCCCC